UUCCUUUGAUUCAUUAAUGUUGUUUACUGUAGAUUUUUGUUCGCUGUUGUUUUUGUUUUUUGAUGUUAUUAUUUUUGGUUGUUUUGAUGGUUUAGUGUCUAGCUAUUCACUACACAAUUUUAGAAUGUGUGAUCAUAGGCAUUAAAGUAUAUUCAAUCCUGGUAUUGUUUACAUAAGCUUAGCUUUCAAAGAAUUACAAACAAAAUUAGAAUUCAUAGAAUCUCAAAUUCAUGCUCAGCUCAAAUUUUUAAGGUACAAGCUUGAGUCAGCCUUACAGUCUUACUGCUAAUCAUAAGAGUUGAUUAUUUAAGUUUUCAAGGGUUAUAGUUUGCGCAAAUAUUUUCAUUUUUUUAUGAAGACUUUUGUGCUUUAUUGUUUGUUUAAUUUUGGGUGCAUGGGAUUAUUUUGGGCCUAAGAUUGUGAUAGAAUAAACAGAAGAGAUGUUUAAGAAAUCUAAAUUGAAGAAUUUUGAUUAUGGGCUUGAUAAUAGUAACUUGUACAAAUCUGUUUUAUGAUCAAAGCUGACAAUUAUCAAUAUCAAAACUACACUUCUCUUUCUCUGCCUCCUUUACAGAUCUGUACACAAGUUUCUUGACUACCCAAAAACAAAGUCAAAAUCACCACUUUUUAUUAGAAAAAUCCACCUUUGUUAGCUUUUCUUUUUGACCGAAGCUUGGUAGCUUGUUACCCAUCUUUCUUUUUUCUCUAAGCUCGUGAAUAGCAAUGCUCCGAUGAAUGAAAGCACUUUUCCAGCAGGCAAAACCAAGAUGAAAGAGAAGAGAAGAAGUCGAAACAGAACAGCACCAUAGAGAAUCAAAGACGAAAAGGUUGGAGAGGAUCAAAAAAUGAAGGAAGAGAGGAGAGGAGAGGCGAAGGAAGAGAGAAGAGGAUAUUUAUUUGCAUUUGUUGUUACAAAUAUUUUUUUAUAUUUAAAUUAUAUUUACUUGCUUAAUAUGGAAUUUAUGUGACACGUCCUACUUUCAAGCCUCAUUCAGGAGUAAAUUGGCCAUUUUUGCCAAGUUGCUGACCUUUUAGGCUAGAAAGUUAAUUUCUGGGCUGAUUGCCCAUUGGCUCUAAGUUCAGGGAGCAAAUUGACCUUUUAGUCUAUACUUACAUAACUUAUUAAAAGGUUACAGAUUAAAAAUAAUAUAAUAUUGUCUCUGCUCAGUUCAUUUACUGAUGAGAUAACCCCUAAAAAUAAUUUAAUCUCUUUCUUUUUUAAUGCAUUUAAUGCUUAGAUAGCCCUUAUUGAUGCCCUAUUUGACCCCUACAAUAACACUAAAUCUUAUUGCAUAAGUUUGGCUAUAAAUGAUUGUGAUUGUUGAGUAAAUGCUAUCUUGAUUUCAUUGCUUCUCUCUACUGCUAGAUGAGUUGCUCUCCCUCCACGUGCAAGUGUUGAUGGAACAGGGCCUUCACAAGCAUCAGAAGAAAAGAAAAUAAAAGAAAACAGAAGUAAUGGAAGAUACUUUGGAUCAAAACAAGAAGAAAAGAAUGGUUUUUGUAACAGUAGGAACAACGUUGUUCGAUGCUCUUGUAAGAGCAGUGGAUACAGAGCAAGUUAAGCAGCAAUUGUUUAGAAAAGGAUAUACCCAUCUUCUUAUUCAAAUGGGUCGUGGAUCUUACACUCCUACCAAGACGGAAGGAGAAGAUGGUUCUCUCGCUGUUGAUUACUUCACAUUUUCAUCAAGUAUUGCCGACCAUCUAAGAUCAGCAUCUCUUGUCAUCAGUCAUGCUGGCUCAGGGAGUAUAUUUGAGACUCUGCGCCUUCAGAAACCAUUAAUUGUCGUGGUGAAUGAAGAUUUGAUGGACAAUCACCAAAGUGAACUUGCAGAAGAACUAGCAGAGAGGAAGUAUUUAUAUUGUGCUCGUCCUCAAACACUUCAUCAUAUAAUUGCAGAUAUGGAUUUGGAGUCUCUUCUUCCUUACUCUGCAGGAGAUGCAACCCCUGUUGUCAAGCUUAUAAAUAGAUUUCUAGGUUUCCCAGAUGAUUGAUGAAUCUGUAAAAUCUUGCAACUUAAGCGUGCUACUGCAUUGCCAUUCAUGAAGAGGCGGAAGACAUUAUGGGGCAUGUUGUCUCAGUACAUUUUCGGUUGAUAUUAGCACACGAGUAGUUUCUCAUGUAACAUAUUGUUGGAACUCGGAGAUAUCUCUGAUGAAUGGAAAUUAGAAUAUUUGAGAUUA